AUGACGCAGUUGAUUUUCAAAACAGUGGACGGAAAUGUGGGCGCUAGACUUGACAAAAUGUACGGAGUAAAAUCAAGUUUCCUGAGAGUGGAACCUUCUCACUGUCUGCUUCCACCGCAUUUUGUCUUCCUGGGCCCAAAAAUUCGGGAUAUGGAGAUCUACGAAGACGACGUUUGGAUGGUGUCCUACCCCCGCACAGGUAGCCAUUGGGCCCAGGAAAUGGUGUGGUGCAUCGGAAAUGACUUGGACUACGAGAGUGCGAAAACUCCUCUAUUGAUUCGGAAUCCCCUUCUAGAGUCCUCAGCUUUGAUGGUGACGGGGAAGUACGUUGAUUUCUUCUCGCAGUUUGGAAAUUCUGUUGAGAAUGUGGAGAAGACGCAGAGACCUAGGUAUGUCAAGAGUCAUCUGCCUUGGGAACUCCUACCUCAAGAUAUUUCCAAGAAGAAACCAAAGAUUAUUUACGUGACCAGAAAUCCAAAAGACACUUGCGUAAGUUUCUACCACUACUGCAAACUAAUGCACGACUUGGAGGGAACAUUCGAGGAAUUUGCAGAGCUCAUGUUAGAGGACAAUGCACCAAUGGGGCCAUUCUGGAAGCACGUUCUGGGCUUCUGGAAUCGCAGAAAUGAAGACAACAUUUUAUUCCUCACAUACGAAGAAAUGAAGAAGGAUCAGCUGGCAGUAAUAAUGCAAACUGCAGAGUUCCUGGAAAAAACAGUGACUCCCGGGCAGGCAGAGGAGUUGUCCAAGCACCUGGAGUUCUCCAGAAUGGCAGCGAAUCCAGCUAUAAAUUUGGAGAGCAUCCUGACGAAUAAUACCGAUGAUCCUGACACGAAAUUUAUUCGAAAAGGACAAGUAGGCGAUUGGAGGAAUCACAUGAGUGAGGAUUUAUCUUGUAGAUUCGACGAGUGGACUGAGAGGAAUACCAAGGGAACCGGCCUCAAAUUCGAUGUCAAUAACAAUUAAAAAUUAUCUAAAAUUCUGCUUCAUAUGUGUAAUUACUCUUUCAUGCAGAAGUUCUCAUUAAAAAUUUCUAAAUGA